CCAAUAUAAAGACAAGCAGUACUGCAAGCAAAAUGGAAAAGAAGGUCUCCCUCAGGCUUUUGCCAUUCCCUGCAGCUGUUGGACCUCUCUCUUCAGAGAUACAGGCUCUGUAUCUGGCUUACAUGCAGAGUGGAAACAAUGAUCACAACAUCCUCAGACAGAUGUAUGAGCUGCAGGUGGAGGCCGUAGCCCUGGAGAAAGCUGGAUCAAGGCCUGAGCUCAAGGGCAGAAAGAAGAAAUAUGAAGGUAGCCCACAGGGUUUGGAUGCUGAACUUCUGGCUGUUGAGCUGGAGAAUCAGAGGUUGGACGAUGAACUAUUCAAGUCAAAGAUCCUAAGGGACAGAAGGAGAAUGGAAAAUGGCCAUUUGGACAAGGAGAUAGCUGAGCUCCAGCAAGUACAUAUGGCAGAGAAGGCUCGAAUGCAUGCUGAGAUAGGCAUGCUGAGAUACAACUCUGACAGGAUGAAGCCACGGCAGCCCAAAAGAGGGUCCCCACUCUUACUCCCGCCUCCUAUAGCUCCACCCUUACCUCUUCCCCCUGCUCAGCAUUUUCCAGGCCUUCCUGACUCCACUUACCCACUUGACCAACCAAACCCUGUGGGAUCAUCAGUUGCAAUUGCGAGCAAGUACUUCCUGGAUCCCACUGAUGCCCUGGGACCGGCUCCGUAUGAUCCAGCGUCUGGCUUUGUGGUAUUCUAUGACUUUCUUAUGGGUCUGGAUCCCACAUUCUACCAGGUAUGCCUGGUUUCUGGCAUGUUCCGUAAUGGGCAAGAGUUGGGCAAGUCCACCCCAUUGCCUAUUGUCUUGUCUGAUAUGGGACAAUCCCUAGAUCAUGUGAUGGGUGGACAGAGAGGGAGCUGCGCCAUCCUAGCAGCCAGGCAGCCAGUCCCAAGAGUUCUUCCUUCAACUUCCAUUGCCCUUGUAACUGAACUUCAAGCAUCUGGAGGCUUUGAUGCUUAUGGGCAGGAGAUCCAGCAUUUGGUCCCCAGAGGAUGGGCCAAAAUCCACCUCUUUGACCACUUGCACCAAGUGUUGAGUGGGCACUGGAAAGUUCCUAUCCGAGUGCUUCCUGUGAAACCAAACUUAACUGCGGAACAGUUGAAUGGUGUGCCUCAGGCUGGCAAGGCAGAGCUUUACUUGCGACUGGUUAAUGCAAGAGAUGCUGACAUGCAGUCAGUGGCUGAGAUCCAUCCUGGCAAUGCCCCUUUAUACAGAUACCCACCCAUAGUUGCCACUGGCCCAGCACCUCCUUCAGGCUUCCCUUCAGCCCCACCACACUCUUUCCACCCUGCCUCCACGAGCCUGUCUUUUUCUGUCCCCCCUUACACUGGCUUUGUUGAUCCUCCUCCUGCUCAGGAACUGCCUUUUCAACACAAAACUAAGCAAAGAAGCUCCCAGGAACAGAGAUCACAGGCUUCUCCAGGUCCUUCCAGGACAGGUGAAAAAGCACUCCAGAGACAACAGCCACAGCAGGGGAACUCCAGGAAGCAGAAAGAAGGAAGUCUGUUGGGGUUUAUUCUUGACAGAGUUAAAGGUGCCCCCCAAGGAGAUGGGGCUAUCCGGCUGACAGGCUAUUACCAGAAAACUGGACAGUUGAUUAGCACCAAGGAUUCAGGACUGAACUACUGCACUGAUCCUGUCAGAUCCAACAUCAAACAUGGCUACUUUCUGUUUGGAGAACAGGAGGUGACCUUCCAGGGUGUUGUGCUGCAGGAAGACAUGAUCCUUGUUGCUCGCUUUUAUCAUUGGCCCAGUGGCAGAACAGCAUUCAGCCCCUGGGAUGUAGGAUUCAAGCCUCAGCAUCAGCCAGCACUACAGAGUGAGGAGCUGCUGGUUGCCUGGGCUGUGCUCCAACUGACCAAGUCAUCUGAAUCUUCUAAAGUGAUGCUUGCAGGUGCAAUGAAGGAAGGGAAGCCUGAAAUGUUUACUUGGAACACAGGGACCCACACACUGACUCUGUACCAUGGCCCUGUGCCUCCUGUAGCAACCUUCUCAUCUAUGGAAAAGCAACAUGCCUUCCAGCUGUAUGGGGAUGCUACUUUGAGGUUACACGUCUUCAACAAUAAGAAACCAGACCUACCUUUUCCACCAGAGUCACCAACCAUACUGGACUCUGCAAGGACCUGGCCCCAUGUACCUUUUAUUCAUCAUGUCAAGGAGACCCCUCCUUUGGAGCCGUUUUGUGAUGGAGAUGGCUUUGACUUGUAUAUCGAUGGAGCCCGUUUCCUGCCAGAUGAUGUCACUGUUACCAGGGUUGCCGGUCGUAUUUUCACCAGUAGUUUCAACCAAAUUGGGCCAGACAUAUCCACUGAGGUUGACUUGAACAGCAGCAUUUUCGAUCCAUUUUACAACUACUCCAUUGAAAUCCGAGAGCCGUUUAUACCACCUUGUGCAACUCUCCUAUUGAAGCUUUAUUCUAUUAGCAGUUUAAACUCCAGUCUCAUUCUGAUUGGUUGGGCAACUCUCAAUCUAUUUGUGGAAUCUGGAACAUACACAGCCCCUAAGCCUGAGGCCAGGAGGAUCAAGGUCUCUCUCAAUGAUGGUGCUCACCAGCUCCGCAUUUUUCACAGCAGUCCAUGUACAGAUCAGCCCUUCUCUGUCAAUUCUCUGGCUGCAUCAGGAUGGUAUGUGCCCUGUGCAACUCUGCUGGUGAGGAUUCUCAAGGCUCCUGUGAAUUCCAGCCGUCAAACCUUAAAAAGAAACAUGGUGCCCCAGACAAACUGGGCCAAGCUGGGUCUCUUCCAGGCCCGGCCCAAUUACUCUGAUGGCGUCUAUUAUUCGGAUUCAGCCAAACCCACUGCAGGAGAAAGUUGCUUCUAUGAGGCCAUGACAAACAGGUCUGUUGUCUCUGUUCGGGAAAUUGUCCAUCAGCUUGCUGCAAAUAACAACCUGAGCACAGAUGAGGAGAUCUGCAGCUGGAUCCACCAAAAACUAACUCGGCUACCUGGUAGCAUCCCCCAGACUUUCAAUCUCACCUAUGUCUCCAAAUAUAUCCCAACCUAUGGUGUCAAGUUUGCCCUGAACAGAGCCAUGAACUUGCCUUGGGUUAACUUGACAAUGGCCCACUUCUGUUUCAACCCACCUGCAGCUUUUUAUUAUGGGAGUCAGUGGAUGAAUUAUGAUUACCCCAUUUUUUUCAAGGCCCUUGAUAUCAACAGUUUCCAGCAAUGGCCCACUUGGCUUGAUGGCUUCAAGACCUGUCCACACAGGGCUUACCAUGAAUAUGCAACAGUGAUUAUCCACUUGUACGAGAGCAAGUUAAACUUAGACCAAGAUGCAUUGGGUCAAAAGAAAGAUAUCCAAACCGCCAACAAAAGAGUCGCGCUGAAGAGGGAGCAGUCACAUUAUACUCCGAGAAGUGAGGCAUGGACAGCACUGCAUGUAUUUUCUGGAGAUUACUGCAACACCGGGGUUUACCAACUGCCUCUGUACCAGGGGGCCCCUACUCAGCUCAUCCUGCAUUCCUUAUCCCAAGGGAAAUGUAGCAGCAUUAUGAAGAGCUUGCUCCAUAAGGACAAGAUCAAAUUGAUGGAAGGUGCAUCUGUACUUGUCCAUAUAGCUGAUGGACGGUGGGAUGAAGAAUUCAGAUCUACAAUACAGGACAUUGAUCAAUCCUACAUGCCCAAGAAUGCUCUGGAUCUGUACUGUAAAGAACCCACUGGAGCUAAAAUUGCAGAAUUAAUUACACAAGAACCAUCACAACAGGCAGGUCAGCUUGCGUUGGAACAAAUCUAGCACAACAAAAAGCUAUAAGAUACUUCCAUUAAACAUGAAGAGAUGAGUACUGCAAUUGAUUGUUUUAAAAUGCUGCAGAAUGAAUUAUCAUCAGACAUGGGCAAGAAAUUUGUUUCUAAAGUUGCCUCAUUUCAUUGCUGGCAGGUAUUAGGCACGCAGGGUGGUUUCAACAUUUUCAAUUAAUGUUCUUCAGGCAAGAAUUGUAAAAGUGCAUCUUUUAUUAUCCAAAUAUCAAUGCUAUGAAGUCACCUGACUUGACCAAAUAAAUAUCAAAGUAAAGAUUCUUAAUGUAA